CCUGGUUGUUUUGAAAGAGCUGUCCGUAUGGAAGAUAGUGAGAUCAGUUAUAGUGAUGAAGAAGAGCAAAAAUCUCUUCUAUUGUUUCUGGAAGAGGACAAAGAAGAAGGCGGAGAUGGUCAGUGCUCUGAUGUGGAAGAAGCCUGGGAAGAAUACAAGCUUGAAGAGUUGGCUGGUGGUGGCAAGAUGGGAGACAUGGAUGAUUCUGAAGGAGUUGGAGACAAAUCUGAGUCUAGCAUGGAAAGCUUGGAUCGUUGUUUGGGCAACACUAAUAUUCAGGCUAUGAAGCACCCAGACAGAACUGCUAUGUUCGCCUUACAGAGGAACCUAAAAGAGCUCAAUGACAUGGCUGAAGCACAGCAACUUGUGGUCCAAAAAACCAGAGAGAAGCAGAGUACCUGUCGGCUGUGGAUCAAGAUGCUAGCAAAGCAGCUGGAGUCUGUAGACAUUGAGAUGGAGAAAGAGGAGGAGGCUGGCAAUGUUGCAGCUUUGUCCCGCCUUGAGGCAGUGCACAGGCGACUGUGCGCUGAACUGGAGCAAGAGAAGGAUUUGGAGUUGAAAAUUGCUUCAACACUAAAAGAAAACAUGCUUGAGAUGUGGCAUCUAGAAACUGAGCAGGGAAAAUACGAAAACCUCCAUGAACAACUUAAAAAAGAUGAGGAGGAGCUAGAGAUGCAAUACCAAGAACAAGGAAAAUGUGAAGAAAGGCAUAAAAAAAUGUGUGAAGAUGCCAAAAGGAACCAUGAAAAAGCAAUCCACUUCCUGAGAAAAAGCAUGGCGAGAAUUCAUGAAAAAAAUGCAAAGGAGGAAGUGAAAACUCAGGAGCAUAUGGAGAGAAGGAUCCAAGCUGUGCUUUCCCUGAAAACCAGCAUCACUUCCAAUAGGGAAAAACUCCAAGCUCUCCAAGCUCGGAAAAAAGCAAUGGCCUUUGAGGCAAAGAAGCAGGAGAUGAAGAUGAGGGAAGCUAUCCUGGCAGAAGGAGGCAAUGUUGCCAAGGAAAUUUUGCGCCAUAAACGACUGCUAGAGCAUGAAAAACAGAAACAAGCUUUUAGAGAACAGCAAAAAUCAAGAAAAAUUGAGAUUGUAUCUCAAAUUUUGCGAGAGAAAGCUUCUGUUCACAAGCAGAAAAAAAGUCAGUCCUGUACUAAGGCAAUUAAGGAUGGUGGUAAACUUGAGGAUUCUGUACGGUGGAGAAUGAGAACAUGGCAAUACAUUGAGAAGACCUGCGGACAGUCAGCUGGAGCAAUGUCGCAGUCGUCGUGCUCUCCGUCAGCUUAUUCCCCAGCUGGUGAGAGAACUGCUUCUGUAGGAGAGAUUUCUGAAAAAAUACCCCAUGAUAUGCUCUGUGAAAGUGGUGAAGAUGAGGAAGAGGGGGACGAGACCCUAGUCAAGCCAGAGUUCCCGGGACUUUGGAGUCAGGAAUGUGACUUGCACAAGAUAUCCAAAGAAGAAAUGGAUCCAAAGCACCUGGCUACAGGGAUAGUGAAAAAAGAAGUUUUUGAGAAAAAAAUGGAGGAAUUCCAAACUGGAAUUUUUCACAAGCGAAUCAUGUCUGGUCGUGAGCAUAAGGGAUGUAGUUUCUAUAGUAAACCAAGCUGCAUUCAUUUCAAGGAUUUUGAUGUUGGUCGAAUCUACAAGAAGAAGGUAGUUCUGAUAAACGCGUCCUGCAGUGUUAAUUCCUGCAGACUCCUGGGAAUCAGUGAAUGGCUCAAGGACUUCGUCGGUGUUCAUUUUGACCCACCUGGCAAAAGGUCUGCUGGAAUGUCCUGUCACAUGGUGGUGACAUUUAAGCCAAUGAUAAAUGAAACUCUGGAAGGAGAAGUCAUGUUUAUGGCACAGACUGGUCCUUUUUCUGUUCCACUGAAAUGUACAGCCAAGAGAUGCAUCCUGGCACUAGAUAAAGAGCUCAUUGACUUUGGCAGCCAUGUGGUGGGAGAAACAAUUUCACGGACCAUCACCCUGACAAACAGUGGAGCUUUGGGCACAAGAUUCAAAGUUCAGACAUCAGCAGGUGACAGUAGUACAUGUAGAGCAACAGCAAAACCUUCUCCUGGAAGAAUGGUUAGUCAACAUUUCAGUGACUGUGUCCUUGAACAGAAAGUCAGCACUAGUCCUGUGACAGCUGUAGUUGAAAAGAAGGAACAAAUUGGUCCUGACCAUAGCGAAGAAGCAAUGGACUGUGUAGCCCAGACAGAGCAGCAGAGGACCGAGAUGAGCCUGAGCAGCGGUUCUGCAGAACAACUUGGUCAAGAUGCAUUAAAUUCCAGAUCAAAUCUAGACAGAGACAAUGCACAUAAUUUAGUGGAACCUUCUCCUGAAGAAAUACCAGUUGAAAUUCUGCUUGGAAAGGUUACUGAGGGUGAAAUUGGACCCUUCAGCUCAGUCAAACUUCAGAUUAUAUUUGUCCCGGCUAUCCCUGGGGACGUGCGGGAAGAGUUUGUGAUCAUGUUUGACAACUCAGACUGCAAACCACUGUGCUUCAGUGCCGUUGGCGUUUCUAUUGACGUGCCGGUUUGGGUGCCCAAUCCCAACAUUGAUUUCAAGAUCUGUAUGUAUGACCGACUGUAUCAGGAUUGCAUUGCCAUUCAAAGCAGAGCAAAAGCUACGCUGCGUUUGAAGUUUGAAGUAUGCAGAGAAUUGAGUAAGCACAUGGAGCUGCUUCCAAAGACAGGCUACAUUCAACCUCAGUCGUCCUGCAGUGUGCAGUUGAAGUUUCUGCCCAGGCACUCUCUUCCUGAAGAUGCGGGGAGCUAUUUUAAUGAAGAGACAAGAGUUUUGGAAGUUCCUGUGACAAUACUGGUUGUGGAUAAGGCUCAAAAGGUCAAUUGUACUGUCCAUGCAAUUGUUACUGCUUCUGAUUUGGAAAUCAGUCCAGCACAAAUCGAUUUUGGAUACUGCACCAUCUAUGAAGCUGUGCAGGCAAAGGUCAUGCUAACAAACAAAUCCAUCUUGCCCCAAGAGUUUGGAUUUGUGGGACUUCCAGAGUUUGUUGAAAUUCAGCCCAAUGAUGGAUUUGGAAUUAUUCUUCCCCUUGAAAGCCUGACACUGGACAUAAUCUUUAAAGCUAACAAGGCAAAAGAGUACAGCUUUGAGCUAACCUGCAAGUCAGAGAUUAACAGGCAAUUCAAGCUGUCAUGCAAAGCAGUUGGAGUCCACCCACCUCUUGAAUUGUCUCAUUCCUUAGUUCAGUUUGCUGCAACAGCUUUAAAUGGUGUGUCUACAGCAACACUGUAUGUGAUGAAUUCCCAUGUGAGCCUCAACCACUUUACUCGUGCUGUCCCAAGAAUUGGCAAUGGGGAAGUUGCCCCUGUUGGACCCACUUCCUUUGAAUUCUGUGUGCCAGCAGACUGUCCAGUGACAAUUACACCUUCUGUUGGAACUGUGCUGCCUGGGAAGAAAAGCUUGAUUCAAGUGUCCUUCAGACCAACGUUGUCAGAUCAGCUAAUCAGAGAAGAGGCAGUUCGGAGGCUUUGCAGAGCAGCUGCAGCAGAGGCAGAAAUACAAAUGAUUCCUAUUCCUGGAUUUUCUAGUUCUGAUGCUUAUAUGGAAGCCCAGGCUUUCCUAAUGAGGAAUUUCAGUGGGAGGUUCGAAAAAUACAUCAUACCAUGCUUUGUUGCAAGUGGACAUAUUGAUGAAAAGAAAGGCUCUGAAAACCUAAGCUGCAGCCCUUACAACACCUUGUAUCUGGAGUUGCACUGUCCCGCUGUAGCACCAUCUGUUGUGGUCACUUCAGAUAAUGGAAGAGACACAGUAAACUUUGGUGAUGUUGCAGUAGGCCACAGAGUGAUGAAGCACAUUACAAUACAAAAUAUCUCCCCAGAGAAGCUGGAACUAGGAUUCUCAGUUCUGAAUCCCAGUGGUCCCUUCCUGUUGGUCAGACGAGUUGGAAUGCUUGAGCCAGGUGAAAAUAAACCCCUCAUCAUCUCCUUUUGUCCAAACGAGAGUAAAUGGUUUUUUGAAACACUGGACAUUUGGACAGCAAAAACCAACCUCGCCCUAAGGAUCAGUGGUCACGGGGUGAUGCCAUCAAUUGUUUGCUCUGUGGGAGAUGUACUCGAUAUGGGAUAUGUCAUAGCCAGCGAGAAGGCGACUGCCACAUUCAAGAUACAGAACACUUCCACACUGGCCCUGAGAUACUCCAUACAACUUGAUUCACUUUCACCAACAAGGGACAAAGAUCAGCAGAGAAUUCCAUCCUUUAUUACGUCCUCUGUGCAAAGAACAGAGUUUGUUGGAACACAAAACUAUAACGGGUUAAGUGUGUUCAGCAUCUCUCCAACAGAAGGAGAAAUAGUUGCUGGGAAGAGUCAGGAUUUCAUUGUUACUUUCAGUCCUGAUCAUGCAAGUCUGUACUAUUCUGACCGUCUCAAGGUUGUGCUCUUUGGCAAGAAAACAGCCCAUGUGAUCCACCUGAAGGGUGCAGCACGAGACCACCCGAUGUUUGUGGAAGGGGGAGUUCCACUAGACGUGCCCAUUGAGUCCUUGGCUGUGACGUUACCUGUGUCGCCGCAGGAAGCACUCAAAGGAGAGCUAGAAGAACCAGUGAAAUCCAUUCUCCUCAUUCUGGAGUACAUCGAGGGAGAGGGUUCUCCAGUGCCAGCAACAGCAGAACUGAGAGUUGGAGCUAUACAAUCAGCUCAGUUUGCAUCUAAGAACGUGAAGUUCAGCUUUGAUGGCCUGUCGCUCCUGCAGCAGAAGGGAUUCACUGUUGAAUCUGCGAAGGGAACAGUUGAGCGUGGUCGAGUGAAGCGCAUCAGUGUUUCUUGGGUGCCACCUGCUGACUUCUCUGCCAAUGACCCUCCGCUUGUGACAGCCCUCCUGACCUUAAAAGGUGACAUUAAGGAAUCUUACCGAAUCCUCUUCAUGGCAAAAGUUGUGCCUGCAUAUGCUCCCACUAA